AUGGAACCACUGGAUAACAAUGUCGAAGAGUCGUCAAAUCAGGUGAAAGAUGACGGGCAGAUCCUGCUGUGGACGAAAGUGGACACGCAGAGUGCCUCAGAACUGCUUCAGGUGGCUUAUCAGUCAGAAGUGAAUGCCACUAUUAGUCGCACGACUCUGCCACAAAAUGACCCCUACUUUGAUGAACUCACAGCCAUUAUGGUAUUUUACGCCCAGAAUAAGCAGUACUCGGCCGAGCAGCUUUCCUAUGCCCUAUCAAUUCUGGCUGUUCUCUGUCAGCUUUGUACAAGUAGGCUUUUAGUCAGUCGCCAACAGAUUUAA